AUGAUCGCUUGCCUUGAAAAGCAAGGUCAUAGCAGUGAAGCAAUUAAGCUAUUUUACUUGAUGAGACAUACAGGAGUUGAACCAAACCAAUUUAUCUUUUCAAGUGUUGUUAGUGCUGCUGCUGAAUCGGGUGACUUGCUUUAUGGAGAAAACAUCCAUGCUUGUAUUUUCAAAUUUGGGUUUGAAUCAGAUGUGUCUGUAAGUAAUGCCCUUAUCAGGAUGUACAUUAAAAAUGGUUGUGUGGAUGAUGGUUAUCGGGUGUUUGAGACAAUGACAUGGCCAGAUCUUGUUUCUUGGAAUACUCUAUUGUCAGGAUUUCAAGACUAUGGUUACUCUGAUCAGGAUCAAAUGUUUUCUGCCAGAUGCUUGUCGAAGGAUUUAGGCCAAAUAUUAAUGAUCAUUGGUUUUGCCCAAACUGAGAAAGAAGAGAAGCCUAUCAAAUUCUUAAAUUCAAUGCAGCAAGAAGGAGUAAGGCCCAAUGAGUUCACUGUUACUGGCUGA